GCACCUCUGUGGCGUGUUGGACCUCGCUCCUGCUGAACUUUUUCCUUUCCCACAGUUGGCGGGUGAUACGCAAAUUCUUGAGUUUUGCCCAAGAACAGCCCAUAAUUCCGGGUCUGCCCCUUAUCUUCGCCGGCGUUGAUUCCCACGUGCAUCUUUUGCAAGCUCCGCCGAUCCAAGGCUAGCGCCUGAACAUACAACACCAUGUCUCAAUCCGGAGCCUCCGUCAACGCUGAAUGCGUAUCAGCCUACAAUGAGCUGAAGUCCACGCGCAAGUACAAAUACGUCAUCUUCAAGCUGUCGGACGACAACAAGGAGAUCGUCGUCGACAGCACCAGCCAGGAGGGCGACAGCUACGAGACCUUCCGCACCAAGCUCAUCGAGGCUACCACCAAGAGCAAGACUGGCGCCGUGGGCAAGGGUCCCCGCUACGCCGUUUACGACGUCGAGUACGAGCUCGCCUCUGGCGAGGGCACCCGGAACAAGAUCACCUUCAUCGCUUGGUCGCCGGAUGAUGCUGGUGUCAUGGCCAAGAUGGUGUACGCCUCCUCCAAGGAGGCUCUGAAGCGCGCCCUCCCUGGCAUCGCGGUCGAGGUGCAGGCCAACGACCCCGACGACAUCGAGUUCGAGUCGCUGGUGAGGACCGUCAGCAAGAACACGGCCGUCGUAUAAGCGGGACCCUUGUGUUUCUACCUCUACCAUAGCGUUUUCCUCUGUUGGCUUCGUUGGCGGGCGUUGUUUCCAGGAUUUGCGGCGCGCACCAGCAAAAUUCUGGCAGUGCGUGUGCGUGCGUGCGAUGCGUGGCCGUGUACCGGGGAAAGCAAGGCAUGCCAUGCUACUCAGGGAAAAGUAAGAGUUGACAUUGACAACAAAAGAAAGCAAGUGGACCGAGAGAGCCUUAGCUGGACGGGCACGCCUCGGGAUUCUCAUGCAACUAGUUGUUCCUUUUACCGU